AUGGAUGAAGCACUUUUGUGGAUGCCUGGCUGCUGUAUUUCCCAGGCUGUAAGGAGGAGACUCUCUCGACUCUGGAGAGGUGAUGAAGUGUCAAUCCUUUCUCUCUCUUCCGUCACGCUCUAUGGAUGGCGGCCUCCACAUAUACAGGCAUCAAGAUCAAACAGCGUGCAGCCUAGGCUCUUCCCGCAUCAUGGCCACACCCUUGUUUUUCAACACUUGAGCUCCCUGGUGAUGCCAAAUCAAAGGGAGUCGACCGUAGAGAGAGUGAGAGAGAAUGAAGAAGAACGUGGCCAGCACCUUUAGAAAAAGAGCCUGGCACAUUUCUUCUUUUUCUCGUGAUUAAAUUAUUACACGAGCUGACAUUACCGCUGGGUCGGCGCCCAGUGUAUAUUUAAACACAUCUCCGGAGAGACGGGCGAUGAAACAAAGACGGCCACAAGCGACUCGUAAAGUGUUCCCAGUUAUACACAGCUGAGGAAAGAGGCUGUACGUCAUCCAGGAUCUCUUUUCGACAUCCAAAUUCACCCGUGCCUGUCUUGAUAUCGUCCUCAUUUGCGCCAAAAUUCUAUUCCAACUUGAGCAAAGUCGUAUCCUCCUUCUCUGGUCCUGUUGGAAAUUCCCGUUUCAUCAAUGCGAUGACUUGUAGAGGUUCUUGAAAGAGUUAAUCCUUAUCCAUUUCCUUCUUUCCGGGGAGAAUAAGAAGAUGGAACAAGCAAUUUCAGUUUCUCCGGGGGGGAGGAAGGUUUCCUUGGCAAUCUAUGACGCGGUAGGCUCACAAUGACGUACUUUAGACUUGGAGUAGAUAAUAUCCAGCCGCGCCAGUUAAGCGACUCGAGACUCUUUGAAUGACGAGAGUUUGAUGGUCGAAAACAAUAGGCCUAUUUGAGAAUUGUUGGCGCCGUACAUUGGAAACGCUUCAUCCAUGUGCCCGCGACUAUGUCGAAUUCGAAUAACUGUUUGAUUCGCAACCAUCAAAUGUGACUUGAUUGGCUCUUUUCUUUGAACAGAGAUGAGUUUCCGGCCCAGUGACAGCAGCCCAUCAGGCGGUGGCAGGUGCUGCGACAUGAUGGGACGCCGGCCGUCGCGCGGCCAUCAUCUCUGGCCUGAGCACAACCGCCACUGGCCAACGUCAUCUUCGAUCCUUUUCCUCGUGUCCAGUCUACUGAUCCUGGCGAUCGCCAACGCUCACCAACAACUUCCGACAGCAGCUGGUUACGCGGAACGAACGGACGAGGUGAUGGAAGGCGGACGGGAGCUGUUGGCUGGCGGCACAACUGGCCGGCAACCAGGAGCAGCUGCUGCCUCAGGAGAGACGCAAAGUAGUCGAUUACCAUCGGACAUGGUUGAUGUCGUCGUUGGCCGGGGUCGACGGCGGGGCCAGCCGAAAGGAGCAGCCGCAUCGAAAGAGCGGAUGGAAGGCGGAGUUGAACACCAACCACCACUGCUGCUGCAUCGAAGGGGUCGUCAAGCAGCGCCCGAGUCGACGGAAAUGCUGUCGUCAAGCCGGAUCGACCACGCCGAUAUCGGGACGAUAAUGCUGGACGCCAAGUAUCCGCUGUCGGGUUUCGACGACGUCAACUUUGACGACAGUGGUGGAGGCAUUGGGCCGUUAAGUGGCCUGGACGAGUCAGAAAUAGGGCGGCGACUGGGCGGAGGAUCGUUGCUGCACUAUCAGGCGACCGUUACCACGCCGGCCACCACUUCUCAUUCGGCGAAUAAAGGCGACGAAAGUGAAUCGGAAGCGGCUUUCUCGGGCGCUCUUGAAACCAACGUGACGGCCAGUCUCGGCCAAACGGCGUUUCUCCGGUGUCGACUCAAGAAUUCCAAGCAUCAAGUUACUUGGAUUCGCAUCCGCGACUGGCACAUUCUGACCUCGGGUCUUCUAACUUACACGGCGGACGCUCGGUUCCGGAUCAAGCACACGGAAAACACGGAAGCCUCCGAGUGGACGCUAGAAAUCAAAUUCCUGCAGAAACGCGACGAAGGAACUUAUUACUGCCAGAUCCCAACCAGGACGGGCGCAGUGGUGCAUGCCUUCCAUUUGCACAUCGCAAGUCCUCAGGCUGUCAUCCUCGGCGGACAAGUUUCCCAUGUCGACAUCCACACGCCUUCGCUGACACUAGUCUGCAUCGUCGACAAUACUCCGGAUCCCCCGCAAGUGAUAUUCUGGUAUCACAACGGGACUCUGCUGAAGGACGGUAAAUAUCCGGAGAUGGGCGUAGGCGGAUCCGGCGGAGGCUCUGGAUUGAUCAGCUCCCACCUAACGCUGACACCGUCGAGGACCAUGUCCAUGUUGACAAUUCACGAAAUCCAACACAUCCACUCUGGGAACUACACGUGCCGGGCUCCCAACGCCGAGCCCGACACCACCCAACUUUUCGUCACGCAGCUUUUGGUGAGGAUUUCCGUUUGUGUUUCUCAAUUUCAUUUGGCAGCAGCCCCGGCGGAUGGUUUUCAAAUCUCGUUUUCAAGUAAUCGCUCCCCCUUCUUUUUGUUUGAAUCAAUUUCGCAUCUCUUUUCAAUGUCAAUGGCGACUCUACCGGACGUUUUGUCUCGUUUUUCUGUUUCUAGUUGUGAAAUCCGAUUUCGAAUGAUGGUCACUGUGCGAUAUCUAAGGGACACAACACAACAACAUAAAAGGGGAGGCCAGCCAGCAAACAGGAAACGGCGGAGGAAAGAGCAGCGGAGCUAGACGAGCUGCACACACACUCCGGAAAUCCACGCCCUUUUUUAUUCCAAGAAAAUAAUUCCUUGGGAAAAAAGGAAGAAAAAAGUAAGGAUCAGUUUGUGCCAUAUCAUCUGCGCCACAAGUGAAACACGCAGCUCGGCUCCGUCACGUUGGCAACGUGCGGUUACACACACGGACAGACACACACACCGGAGACCAUAGAGGCAACGCACUAUACAAUGAUGUGAGAAUAAGAAUAACAAAAAAAAGUAGAGCCGCUUUGUUGAUCACCGGUCAUCGUUCUCUUCAUCACCGUCCACUUCUUUUCGGGUCCCCAGCAGGACCUUGGGGGCUCUCCGACACAGUCAGCUUUUGUCCAAAAAAGAAAAAUACAUUUUUAUUAUUUUGGUCUGUGUGCCUUAUUCGUUUUUCUUUCGUUACCCCUUUGAUUUCGACUUUUUCCUAAAUUUAUUUUUUUAUUUCAUUUUGUUCGGCAGCAAACCCACCGAAAAACCGUAGAGGAGGAGGGCGAAUAAUACGACGACAACCCAUUUUUUUCCUGGUAAUUUUUAUAUUUGUUUUCUUUUUACACAACUUCCUGUUUGAUGUUUCCCAAGUUGCCACCACCACCAAGUCCGCCCGCCUAUCUGAUUUUUUGGAAGAAAAUCUCGUCAGUCGGUUGGCGGCCGUUGGACGGCUCCGUCCCGUUUUCCCCCAACGAGUUUCACUUGCAUUUUCGUUCGACACAUUUUUUUUGUUUUUUUUUAUUUCUCUUGUGCCGAGUCGCAAUUUGUUUCGACGCCGCCGCUGGCAGCGAAAGUGCGUCGUUUCAAUCGUCGAUUAGAAACAAACAAUUUUCGCUUUUUCUUUUUUCCUUUUUCUUCAGUGGUCGACAAAAAAUGAAAGGUGGUGAAGAGGAGGUCGUUGGUCAUGUCGCCCUCACACGGUCGAGUCGAAA